CCGACUGUGUUUUCCCACACACCCCUCUUGAGCAACCGGGUCUCCUAGGACCCUGCUGGCCACUCCCAGAAAUUUGGGGAAGGCUGGGUGGCCACCCCUCGUGGCUAGGAAGGGCCCUGGGCCAGCAGGGGCUGAGGCACGGCAAGCUGCCCUAACUCCAGUCCCUGCUGCCUCCCGGGGAACCCCCACCUUCAGACGAGGAGUGGGGGCUCCCUGGGACGCCUCCCCCCAGCUGAUGCAAAAGGCUGGGCAGGGCUGGCCCGGGGACAGGUUGCCAGGCAAGCAGCUGGGGCUCCUCCCAGGGUAGCUGUGGGAGGCCACGUUGCCCGGCGACCAGGUGGCAGCGUCCUUUGAGCCGAGACGGCGCAGCUGCGCCCAGCCCUGCCGGCUUCCCCCAGGGACCCCCGGGGCCCUGUCCCUAUUCCCUUAGCCCAGAACAGCUGGUGCCUCUGGUCACAAUGAGCGUCGUUCUCUCCAGGGACAGCCAGGUGAGGGUGAUGGAGGACACGGUGACCAACGCCGAGAAGCACUUGGGCCAGUUCUGCUCGAUGCUGGCUGCCUACACCCGCAAGACGGCCCAGGUGCGGGACAAGGCCGACCAGCUGGUCAAACAGCUCACCGACUUCGCCAACACCGAGCACCCCGAGAUGCGGGCCACCUUGAGGAGCUUCGCCGAGGACCUGGCCAAAGUCCAGGAUUACCGGCAGGCCGAGGUCGAGAGGCUGGAGACCAAGGUCAUCAGCCCCCUGAAACUCUACGGGGCCCACAUCAAGCAGACGCGGGCCGAGAUCAAGAAGCUAAAGCAAGUCCAGAAGAACGAGAUCAAGCAACUGGCAAAGCUGGGGAAACUGAGGCAGAAGUCACCAUCAGAUCGGCUAACCAUUAGCCAGGCAGAGACCAGCGUGCAGAGGGCCUCGGCGGAUGCCAGCCACACCACCCACCAGCUGGGGGAGAUGAUUGAAGCCUUCCAGAAGCGGAAGCUGACAGACCUUCAGAAAAUUUUUUCAGACUUUGUCACUAUUGAGAUGGUCUUACAUGCCAAAGCGGUGGAGGUAUAUUCCAGCGCCUUCCAGACCCUGGAGAACUACGACCCGGAGAGAGACCUUGAGGAUUUUCGAGCCAAGAUGCACGGGCUCUACGGACAUCGCGAUGCUCGGCCACUCACGGACACCGUCUCCUCCCCGGCUGUCCCGUGGUCUCUCACUGGCCAGAGCGCUCAGAACGCCCUACGGGGCGAGAGAAGAGAAGACGAGGAGACUAUGGAAGCCUCUGCCGAGGAAGACCUCAGAGGACGGGGGCGGGCGCUCCAUCAAUAGGACCAGAACUCCCCAGUUGGGAAAACGGGGGCUGACCCUGGAUGCUCAGGGCUAGGGCGGGCUGGGGGGCUCUGGGUAAGGCCUGUGUCCUCUGAGCCUCAGUUUCCUCAUCUGCACAACGGGGCAAUCUCGCCGACCUCAGAGGUCACUCUGGGGAUCGCUGUGCCCAGCACGGUGCCGGGUACGGAGCAGGUGCUCAAUAAACGUGGGGUGCCCCCUAACCUGAAUCGUGCUGGCUCUCCUUUCCCACCUUGUGACCCCGGGGACUCGGGUGUUUACACCCGAGAGCGGGUUUAAUGUUGAGAGCGCGGCGGAUUGGCCUCCAGGGCUGCGGUCACAGAGCGCCACAAACUCGGGGUUCACACAACAGGA